AUGAGGAAGGAGUACGUUUGUUUUAAAGAAGGGGAGAGAAAAAAUUCUAAGGCUACUAUACGCCGUCGGGGUUUAACUAGAGAGAAAUGUGGUGCAAAACUUGCUGUCGUAAGAAAAGGUGAAGUGUUUGUUGUAUCAAAAUUUGUCGAGGGUCAUAACCAUGAGCUUACAACGCCAAGAAAGGUGCAUUUGUUAAAAUCUCAUCGCCGAGUAUCAGCCGCACAAAAAGCUUUAACGCAACAAUUAUCUGUUGCUAAUGUGUCAACUUGCCAACAAAUGAGUAUUUUUGAGUUGCAAGCGGGGGGUAUUGAAAAUAUUGGAUUUUUAGCACGAGAUCUUUACAAUGAUAAAAGAGAUAGGAAGAAUGUAGUACAUGGUCAUGAUGCGAACAUUUUGUAUGAGCAUUUCGAGAUGGAACAAAAGAAUCCGGACUUUAGGUUCACAUUUGAGAGAGAUGAUAAGGAUAGAAUGACUCAUUGUUUUUGGGCGGAUGCGACAUCUAGAAAGUCAUAUCAAUAUUUUGGGGACGUGGUAGUGUUUGAUACUACGUACUACACAAACAAAUAUUCCUUGAUAUUUGCACCUAUAUUGGGGGUCAACCACCACAGGCAGACAACACUUCUUGGGUGUGCGUUCUUGAGUGAUGAAAAAACUGAUUUGUUUGUGUGGCUCUUCAAUGAAUGGUUAAAAGCGAUGCCAGGUGGACCACCCAAAAUGAUCAUAACUGAUCAAGAUCCGGCAACGAUAAGAGCAAUUGCUUCUGCUCUUCCAAAUACGUUUCAUCAAUAUUGUAUUUGGCACAUUAUGAGCAAAUUUUCUGAAAAAUUGGGUGCACUGUCAUAUAAGGAACAUUAUGAUGAGUUGAAGAAUUGUAUAUGA